ACCAGUGCCCAGGGCACGCUUAGGGCGGGAGCCUGAGCUGGGAAGGACAGAGGCUGUGGGUGCCCGGCUGCUGGCUGCUGAAGCCAUGCGGUGCCAGCCCUGGAGGUGGGCUCUGCCCUGGGAGGUGCUCUUGCUUCUCCUUGGUCCCCAGGCCCAGUCUUAUAGUUGGCAUCUGCAUGAAGGAAGUGACUGUGAUGAGGGCUCUUUUAUAAAACAUUACUUCCCUGCCACGGUGGAGUACGCCUUACACAUGUUCAAUGAGAAGAGCAAAGACACGAACGCCUACAGGCUGGUGCAUAUUCUGAAUUCCUGGAGGGAACAGAUUGGCUAUAUGUUGGCUUUCUCCAUGGAGCUGCUGCUUCGCAGAACCAUUUGUGGGAAAUUGGAAGAAGACAUUGACAACUGCCCCUUUCAAGAAAGUGCAGACCUGAACAAUACCUACACCUGCUUCUUCACCGUCAGCACUGAGCCCUGGGAAGGAACAUUUGACCUACUGCACAAGAAGUGUUUGGUGGGGUUCCACUGAGUGAGGAUACACCCCCAGAGCGGCCUGAACAAUCCUGCAGGCGGCCUGCGGUGCUGAGCAGCACCAAGCUCUAUGUUGCCUUUCUCUGCAGGAGUCUGGGUCUCACGUGCCCGCGUGGUGGAAUUCCUCCCCGCACGCACUCAUCCUGUAGAUCAUUAAACAUCAGCAUUUCAAGACGCUCGUGUGAUGCUUCCAG